GAUCAUCUGGCGCUGUGAGUUAGCUAAGUUGGGCGCUAUAUGGUGACUGGUGCAGGUCAGACUGAACGAGAACGGUGGCUUCGUUACAGGACUGUAGAACUGCAAGUGGCGCAACACUCGCGACGGCAAAUAACGAGAGCGGCCAGGCUGCCAAGCGCUAGAACAUCUUCAGCCUUCCUGCGUAUAGAGACAUGGAGACAUUUAUAUCGACGAACGUUUCAUCUCUUUAUGGCAUCUACAACGUUUGGCCCCGCUAACGUCGGGUUUCAAGCGGGUACUAUAAAUGGUCCCGUCUACACUACAUUCUAUGCUUCACCUGCGACGCGAAACUCCACCACAGCCAUCCAUCGUGAUACCUUUCGCACGAGACGCAGAUUUUGUCGACAGAGGCACACUGCUCGACGAGCUCUGUGAGCGAUGCGCGCAGCCAGACGCGAGGCAGGCGAUUGUUGGCCUAGGCGGGGUGGGCAAGUCGCAACUAGCGAUCGAGCACGCCUACCGCACGCGCGAGCAAUCGCCAGGGACGUGGGUACUGUGGGCGCACGCCAGCAACGCUGUCCGGCUCGAGCAAAGCUUCCGCGAAAUCGCAGACCGCGUCAAGAUAGCCGGGCGACAGGAUCCGCAAGUCAACAUCUUCAAGCUGGUGCACGACCGGCUGUGCGACAGCAAGCAGCCAUGGCUGCUCGUGCUAGACAACGUGGACGAUGCCAGCUUUCUACUCGAGGCCCCACCUGCCAGCUCCAAGACCGCAGCUAGACCGCUGCGCGAGUACCUCCCCUACUGUGAGCACGGCUCGAUCCUCAUUACAACGCGAAACAAAGAAGCGGCGCUGCAGCUGGUGGAGCAGCGCAGCAUCAUCACACUUGAUCCAAUGGACGCGGCGCAGUCGCUGACGCUGCUUGCAAGGAAGCUGGGAGCGCAAGCCGACAAGAGCGAUGGUGCUGAGCUCGCGGAGCUGACGGAGCUAGCUGCAGCGCUUGAGUACAUGCCGCUCGCCAUCACCCAGGCUGCUGCGUACAUCUCGCAGAGAGCGCCACUGUGCUCGGUGGCACAGUACCUUGACCAGUUCAAGAAGAGCGAGCGCAGGCGGGCGAGCCUUCUCAACCGUGACGGAGGCCAGCUUCGGCGAGACCAUGAGGCGAAGAACUCGAUCAUCACGACGUGGCAGAUCUCCUUCGAGCACAUACAGCAGACGCGGCCAUCAGCUGCAGACCUGCUAUCGCUGAUGAGCUUCUUCGACCGCCAGGGAAUUCCCAGGAAUGUGCUGCAGACGCAAGCUACACAUGAAGAUGGCGAAGCCAAUCAAAAGGUUGAUGAGGCCGAGGCUGAGGCUGAUCGUAAUGAGGAAGACGAUAGAAUGCAGUCUGAAUGCCAGGUCGUGGACAUUGAGGAAUAUUUUGACGACCACUCCAAAAACGGACCUGAAACUAUCCCCUCACAAAACUCAUCGGAUGACUUUGCAGACGACGAUUCUGAGGACGAUGAUUCUGAGGACGACGACUCGAGAGACGAUACUUUCUAUGACGACAUUUCAGCGCUGCGCAGCUUCUGCUUCAUCUCCGUGAACAACGACGGCAUGACCUUUGAGAUGCACGCCCUUGUGCAGCUAUCAAUGCGUACCUGGCUUGCGGCGAACGGAAAGCUAGAGCAGUGGAAGCAGCACUUUAUCAAUAGCCUUUGCGAAGCGUUCCCGACAGGAAAGUAUGAGAAUUGGGCAGCCUGUCAAGCGCUGUUCGCACACGCUAAGGCGGCAGCUGGCCAGAAGCCAGAAGCAACAUCCUCGCUAAUAGAGUGGGCUACGCUACUAUAUCGUGCAGCAUGGUAUGCAGAGAGCAAAGGAAGCGCAGCAGAAGCAGAAACCCUAGCAAUACAGUCAAUGAAGGUACGAAAGACGGUCUUAGGGCGAGAGCAUGAGGACACGGUAUGGAGCAUUGCAAUGGUGGCAGAUGCUUACUCACUUAGUGGACAAUGGGACGCGGCUGGAAAGCUGAGGGCGCAAGUGAUGGAGACUCGCAAGAAGAAACUGGGAGCGGACCAUCNAGACACGCUGACCAGCAUGGCUAAUCUUGCUUGGACAUGGAAAAGCUUAGAGAGAAGUGCUGAAGCUAUAGGCUUGCUGCAGGAGUGCGUUCAUCUACGCUGUCAGACUCUUCGAGCAGGGCAUCCUGAUCUAGUAUCUUCUCAGGAAACCUUAGCUGAAUGGGAAGCAGAGCAAGCAGGUAGAACUCUUGCGAUAAGUUAAUAAUUCUGCUUUAUACUAUACGCACUCAUUACCUUCUUAAGGCUGCGCUUACUAUGGAAUAUAUUAGAAAUGUACUUGACAGCAGUCGAGGAAGUUGCAAGAUUAGCACGAGUCAUGUUAAUACUAGCAAAGCUUA